GCUCUGCAAUCCGACAAGAGAUUUGCCCAUUGUUAUUCUCCUACUAGAAAAACCGAUCGCAUCCGUCCCCAUCCUCUCUCCGCCGCGGGGUUGGCAGGCAGCGCCUCUCCGCGUGUGGUCCGUGUGCGAGGGGUCGGGUGUCCGGUCCUCCUCCCCUCCGUGCAGCGCAUGCGCGGCAGCCGGCAGCGGCGUCUCUUCUUGCCGGUCCCGCCCGCGAAUCUCUGCGCCGCGGUGGAUAGGAGGAGGAAGUCGAGGACGCCAUAGGAAAAAGAAAAACACAAAUCCAGCUUGGAAUGCUUUCGGAGACUGGGGGCUCGUCGCCGGCUGCCUGGACUGAUGCUGGGAGCGUGCGAAUUUCCGCUCAAGUUUUGAUCUUAGCGUGCUCUUGAGUCUGGAAUCCCGCCAUUCAUUGGGGGCUUUGUUCUUGAGUUUACAAGGCUGCAAGGCCGUGCUGCUGAUUAGUUUGAACCCAUGGAGACUACUAGCACAACAAAUGAGCAGCCUGGUAGGGGGGCAAUGUGGGAGCUGGAAAGGAAUCUCGAUCAGCCCAUGGAUGCAGAGGCCGGGAGAUUGAGGAAUAUGUACAGGGAAAAGACCUACCCUACAAUUGUGCUGUUACAACUAGCUUUCCAAAGCCUCGGUGUGGUGUUUGGGGAUUUAGGCACAUCGCCUUUAUAUGUAUUCUAUAACAUUUUCCCUCGUGAAAUAGAAGACACGGAACAAGUUAUUGGAGCACUCUCGCUUAUUAUUUACUCCCUUACCCUGAUUCCACUUGUUAAAUACGUCUUCAUUGUCUUGAGGGCAAACGAUAAUGGCCAAGGUGGAACAUUUGCUCUUUACUCACUGCUUUGCCGGCAUGCAAAGAUAAACAUUAUUCCGAAUCAGCAUAGAACAGAUGAAGACCUAACAACAUACAGCCGCCACACAUAUGAUGAGAAAUCUCUUGCUGCAAAGAUUAAAAGAUGGUUAGAGGGGCACCAAAUCAGGAAGAAUGCCAUUCUUAUUCUUGUUCUUUUUGGUACUUGUAUGGCAGUUGGAGAUGGAAUCCUCACUCCUGCAAUAUCAGUUCUUUCUGCAACUGGAGGAAUACAAGUGGAGCAGCCCAGAAUGAGAAAUGAUGUGGUUGUCAUCGUCUCUGUGGUUAUAUUGAUUGGAUUAUUCAGCAUGCAGCACUUUGGUACUGAUAAAGUCAGUUGGCUUUUUGCUCCAAUAGUAUUUGUUUGGUUCAUACUCAUUGGAGUCCUGGGCGCCGUAAACAUUUCCAAAUACGAUCAAUCUGUUCUCAAGGCUUUUAAUCCUAUUUAUGUAUAUCGGUACUUUAAGCGAGGGAAGACUAGCUGGGCUUCUUUAGGAGGAAUUAUGCUUAGCAUUACAGGGACAGAAGCAUUGUUUGCUGAUCUUUCAUAUUUCCCUGUACAAGCUAUUCAGAUUGCUUUCACGGUGGUUGUGUUUCCAUGCCUUCUUUUGCAGUAUACGGGCCAAGCUGCCUAUAUAGCUCAGAACAAAGACCAUGUCUCCCAUGCCUUCUAUUUUUCCCUUCCAGAUUCUGUACUUUGGCCAUCAUUCAUUGUUGCAACAGCUGCUGCAGUAGUUGCUAGUCAGGCAACUAUAUCGAUGACCUAUUCAAUUAUCAAGCAAGCACUUGCUCUAGGGUGCUUCCCCAGAGUGAGAAUUAUCCAUACUUCCAAGAAAUAUCUAGGCCAAAUAUACAGUCCUGAUAUUAAUUGGAUCCUUUUGAUAUUCUGCAUCGCUGUCACUGCUGGAUUUAAAAACCAAAGUCAGAUAGCAAAUGCAUAUGGUACUGCUGUGAUAAUGGUUAUGCUUGUGACAACAUUUCUCAUGAUCCCCAUAAUGCUGCUGGUGUGGCGCAGCCACUGGACCUUGGUCAUUCUUUUCACCACGCUGUCAUUGGUUAUUGAAAUUCCAUACUUCACUGCUGUGGUGCGGAAGAUCGAUCAGGGUGGUUGGGUUCCACUUGUGUUUGCUGUUGCCUUCCUCAUCAUCAUGUAUGUAUGGCACUAUGGUACACUCAAGCGGUAUGAAUUCGAGAUGCACAGCAAGGUAUCCAUGGCGUGGAUCCUAGGCCUUGGCCCAAGCCUUGGUCUGGUCAGGGUGCCUGGUGUAGGCCUGGUUUACACCGAGCUGGCGAGUGGUGUCCCUCACAUCUUCUCACACUUCAUCACCAAUCUCCCUGCCAUCCACUCCACUCUGGUCUUCGUCUGUGUGAAAUACCUUCCUGUUUACACUGUGCCACUAGAUGAAAGGUUCCUUGUGAAGCGAAUUGGUCCCAAGAACUUCCACAUGUUUAGAUGUGUGGCGCGGUAUGGCUACAAGGACAUCCACAAGAAGGAUGACGACUUCGAGCAGAUGCUCUUUAACAGCCUGAUGCUCUAUAUCAGGCUGGAGAGUAUGAUGGAAGAGUACACGGAUUCUGAUGACUACAGCACCCGUGAGCUGAACCAGGCAGGCAACGCCAACCAAAGAAUCAAUGGCAUCAGCACCAGUUCAAACAUGGAUCUCAGCUAUACAUCCCAUGACUCCAUUAUACAGGUGCAGUCCCCAAAUCAUAUAGGGAACAGCCAGGUUGUGUCAUCAGGUCAGAUGUACCAGACUGUGGGCGACGAGAUUGCGUUUCUGAACGCGUGCAGGGACGCUGGUGUGGUGCACAUCCUAGGGAACACGAUUGUCAGGGCCCGUAGGGAUUCAGGGUUCAUCAAGAAGUUUGCUAUCAACUACAUGUAUGCUUUCCUUAGGAAGAUCUGCAGGGAGAACAGUGCCAUCUUCAAUGUUCCCCAUGAGAGCCUUCUGAAUGUUGGGCAGGUGUUCUAUGUGUAAGCACUGAAACCAAAUACAUGUAGAUGAGAGUUCAGCUUCAGAACCACUCGAGAUAAUCUAGCUGUGUUUUGUACUUUUGUUCGUAGGUCAUAUAGGAGUACAAUAGUUGAAAGAAUUGUACAGAAAACAGCAUCAUGACCAUUUCGAGCCUGAUCAAUAGUGGACAGUGGUCAUGUUCAUCAUGUAGAACUUGUACUGUAUGCACAUCUGUAAUAGCUGGUGGUUAAAUCCAGAGUAAUUUUGGCGCUUCAUUAGUAAUUGCAGUAUGCUGAGUUGAGAUUA